AUGGCGAGUCUUCCGCCCAAGUCCAAGUCUUUAAAUGUUGGUGGGCCCAAAGGCGAUAUCAUGUCGAUGUCGAACUCAUCGAUUGUGCCCUCAUCCUUAUUAACGAGUUCCCAGAAUUUAACGAGCUCGACACCGAAGAGUGGGUUAGUCCCCGAGUUAAAAAAGAAGAAGUCCUCGGGGCUUUCCAAGAGUCAAAUUUCAUUAGAGAGUCUUGAGGCGUUACAGUUCCAGACGCCUCAAGUUGGGUGUUUUAAAGACGAUCAUUAUCAAGUCGAACUGACGAUGAACCCGCAACAGAAGUUAAAUCCGUUUUAUGAGGAUAUGGCGUGGUCUGUUGCGUUAAAUAGUGAAGGGACGUUACUUCUAGUAGGUGGGAAGAGUGGGAAGAUCACGGGGUAUAAAGUGAGUAACGGAGUCGUUCACAAAGAGCCUCAAUUAGUCUUUGAAAAGCACAGUGGUGAAGUUCUGUCGAUCAUCUUUUUGAGUGAGACAUUGGCGUGUAGUUCUUCCUCUAACAAAGAAAUUUUCAUUUGGCAGACAACCAAAAACACAAUGAAUAAUUAUAAGAAAAUCACCGUCGACGAUAACUGUUUGGUCUUAAAAAAAGGAAAGGACAACAGUGUCGUCUUAGGACUCUUAAACGGCGUCUUGGAAAUUUGGGACUACGUGGCACUCACUAAAAUUCGGUCGUAUGAAAUUAAGGCAUCCAUCACAGCCGUCGAAAUCGGUCACAAGGAAAAACAAGACGGCUACUACUACGUCGGUACAAUGGAUGGCACACUCAUCGUUCUCUUCGACUACGACGGAAGUCUAAAGCUUGUUACAAGCUUAACGAGUAAGGAGCAAGCGAUGAUAUGUCAUAUCAUCGCACAUCCAGUUGAGCCGUUGAUCUAUGUGACAUAUUCUUCAAAUAAGUUAAUGGUAUAUAGUACUGAUGUGUCUAUAGGAAUACUCGCUGUAGCAACUUAUAAAGGUUUCUACACGAACGGGUAUGCUGUCCAUCCCACACUUCACCCAAACGGCAAGACACUUUUUAUCGGAUCAGCAACACAUGGAAUUUACGUCUUUCCAUUCAUUCAGUUCCCGAUAAGUAAAAAGACGGAGAUUAUAGGAUUCAAAAACAAUUUGUUCAUUGCAGAAAAGACGCCCGUUGUCCAUGUCGUCUUCUUAAAUGCUAACAACGCUUUGUUCAUUGAUGCUAAGGGAAAUGCAGCUGUCUUCUCAGUCGAAAUUAAUUGA